AUGCAGCAAGUACUGGCUGGAGAGGACUUCUACGGUCCUGCCAAUGCGACAAACAGCCAAAAUGUCUGCUUCUCCGGCGUCUGGAACGAGCGGGAAGCCCGGUUUGAGCAUUGCUUCGUGCCAGUCGUCGCUUGUAUACCGGCCAUCUUCGCGGUAUUCUUGCUCCUGGUACAAUCGAUUCUCUUGCUGAUCCGCUGGCGGCCGAGAUGGACGAUUCCGUUUGUUCAGGAGCCGUACGAAAAUGCGGCCGAAGGAGAUGUCGUCUCUCGCCGCCGAAGCAUGUUCACGGCCGCUCUCGCCUUGGUUUCAAUCGUUGGAGUCGUCCUUCAGCUGCCUGAAGUCGUGAGGAACCGCGGUGCUCUCAUGAGCAUCAUCCCGGUCGUGCCUUGGACAGUUGCGUCGGCGAUGGCCCUGGUGCAUCGGCCACGGACAACGCCAUUCUCGAUUCUCGCCAUACUCAUCCUGCAAGGAAUCGUGGACGUUAUCCGCCUACGAGACAUUGAUGUGGAAUUUGAGAGAACAAUGGCAGGGAACCUCAUCAUCCCGACUAUUGCAUUAACCGUGCUCGGAAUCUCCAUCAUCCUCUCGAUGCCUCUCCGGGAUCCGCACCUGUGCACUUUCGACAUCAGCCAGCUCAUGACCCAGCCGACAUCAGCUCUAAGAAGCCCGGAAGACAAGCUCACCCUUUGGCAAUUCAUGACGGUAUCCUGGAUGACACGGCUGAUUCAGCUGGGGUAUAAACGGCAACUCGAAGACGAAGAUGUGUGGCAACUGGCCUACGAGUUUCACCAUCAAAGGCUCCACGAGAACUUCCGCCUUCUCAAAGGCACGGUAGUCCAACGGCUGGUCAAGGCGAACGUCAUCGAUCUGCUUAUCCUCACAGCGCUGGGUCUGGUGGAGCUAGUCAUGCAAUUCUCUGGGCCUUUACUCCUGCAGCAACUGCUCAAGUCAAUGGAGAGCCUUGGAGCGCCAAAACAAGCUGCCUUGACUUACGCUGGCCUUAUGUUUGCGGUCCGCUUCAUCGCAGCCCAAUCAGGUGUCUUCAGCUUGUGGUACGGUCGUAGGUGCUACGAGAGGUCACGAGGGGAGAUGAUCACAAUGCUCUUCGAGAAGACUCUAAACAGGAAGAUGGGAUUUGCCCAACAGCCAAACACUUCAGAGGACAAGACCAACGGGCACGGCAAUGGACACUCUAUGAACGGCGAUGCUCCAUAUAAGCAGAAAGCGAGCAUUUGGCAACAGACCUGGUCGAGAAUAACAUCAGUUUUCAAGCGACGGCAGGAGGAUUCGCCUCGGAAAGAGCCAGCAAGCAUGGGCAAGAUUCUCAACCUGAUGCGCAACGAUGUGUACGAGGUUGCACAGCGCUUCUGGGAGUUCCAGGGCCUGGUUCAGAAACCACUCAGCGCCAUAUUUUCGAUCGGCCUUGUUGUCCACCUCCUCGGCUGGCCUUCUCUGAUUGCAGUGCUGGCUGUGAUCCUCGCACAAUGCCUCAACGUAUUACUGGCAAAGGUCAUGAUCUAUUAUGAGAAGAAGCGAAGACUGGCAACAGACAGCAAGCUUCAGGUCACAUCUCAGUGGAUCGAAGCUAUCCGCCAUCUACGGUGGUAUGGCUGGCAGGAUGCUUGGCUGGCCCAGAUCAUGGAUGCACGUCAACGAGAGCUCGACCUUCGGAUCAUCACCUCGAUAUGGAAUCUGGCUAUUGCGUUCUUCAACACACUGGCUCUUGAUCUUACGCCCGUUAUCGCCUUCUUCGCAUAUACCGUCAUCGCCGGCAAGCCUCUGCGAGUCGACAUCGCCUUCCCGGCCAUGCAGCUAUUCCAGAUGAUGACGAGCAGUCUGAAAGAUCUUCCACAGCUGAUCAUCGUGCUAAUCAACGCCUGGGUUGCCGUUGGUCGUAUUGAAGAGUACAUGGCUGAACCAGACAGAGAGGAGCGAGAAACAGAGCCUGCGGUAGAUGAGGGAGUGACCAUUGACAGGGCUGUCUUUGCCUGGCCAGGCUCCGGCAGGCCGGUCCUCAACCUCAGCUUGUCUUUUUCGAAAGGCCUGACAGUUGUCUGCGGAGAAGUCGCUUCUGGAAAGUCUGCGCUGCUGCAAGCGAUACUGGGCGAGCUCGAUCUUUUGCAUGGUUCCCUACUACGACCGCCAGAACCCAUUGCUUACUGUGCCCAAACGCCAUGGCUACAGAGCAUGAGCAUCCGAGAGAACAUUCUUUUCGGCGAGCCAUACGACGAAGUACGCUACCUGCAGACCAUCAAUUGCUGUGCGCUUGUGCCAGACUUGAGGGAGUUCAAGGCCGGUGACCUCUCACUUAUCGGCGAGAACGGCGUCGGCCUCUCCGGUGGCCAGAAAGCCCGUGUGGCACUUGCUCGAGCUAUCUACAGCCGUGCGAUGAUCGUCCUGCUGGAUGACCCCUUUGCUUCGCUUGACCAGCAGACUGCCGAGCAUAUCGUGCAGCACUGCUUCGUGUACAACUCAAUCCUGAAGGACCGCACUGUCGUUCUUGUCACCCAUCGCACCGACAUAGUUUCUCGGCUGGCUACGCAGGUAAUCCGAAUGGACAACGGCAACUCCACGAUCCUGGAUGAAGAAGAACUGAGCAAAGAUGCCCAUGCCUCGUUGACCAGAUUUAAGAGUGAACAGUCUGCCCCUCAGGAACAGCUUGAGAAGCGAGACACUGACGCAGUCCCGGACAAGUUCAUCGAGGACGAGCACAGAGCGCAUGGAGGUGUCAGAGCUUCCGUCUACUGGGAGUACGUCAAAGCUGGCAGACUUCUGUGGUGGGGAGUCUUGAUACCGGUUUUGGCAUUCUAUCGCCUCGUCACCAUCGCGGAGUCCUGGUUCUUAAAGAGCUGGGGUGAGGCUUACGACCAAAAGCCGCAAUCCAUGUUCCUGACCCAGUCACUCGACGUCGAGGGCAUAAAAGUGCCGUACGUGGACGACUUACCUUCUCCGGAUGUCAACAUAAAGCCAUGGCUGCUAGGCUUCUUCGUCCUAGCGCUGGCCGAAUCCUUGAUCUAUAUCUCAUCACAGGGCAUCAUGAUCGUGAUCGUCUACACCGCAGGCAAGAAUAUGUUCGCAGCCAUCAUGCAGAAAGUCGCUGGAGCUACCUUCCGCUUCUUCGACGUUACGCCGGUGGGCCGCUUGAUGAAUCGCAUGACCUCGGAUAUCGGCGUUAUUGAUGGGAACAUCUCACAGCAGUUCCAGUCCGUGGCCUGGCUCGGCAUAUCCUGGAUCUCGUCUAUUAUCGUCAUUGGGUCGGUCACACCAACUUUCCUCGUCUUCGCAAUCAUGCUUACGGUUGCUUUCGUGCUAAUCUUCCUUCGCUUCAUCCCGACUUCACAGAGUCUACGCCGACUGGAGAUGGUAUCCUUGACGCCUCUGAUGUCGAACUUCGGCACACUGCUCAAUGGCCUAACGACAGUACGAGCAUUCCGCGUCCAGCGGCAGUUCCAGGACAGAGUCAUUCGGGUGGUCGAUACAUUCCAGAAGAUGGACCACUUCUACUGGAGCCUACAAGCGUGGCUGAUGUACCGAUACGAUGUCUUGUCAGCCUUCUCGACCCUCUUACUCACGAUGUUGGCGCUGUACACAAAUGUGUCUGCUGGCCUGACCGCUUUCGUCCUGAUAGCAGCGAACAAACUCGUCACAUCCACGCACUACUUGUGCCGGCAGUAUGGAUCACUGCAGAUGGAGUUCGUAUCUGUUGAGCGAGUCGUCGAGCUUCUUCAUCUCCAGCAGGAGCCGAAGGGACCAAUCGAUCCGCCAGCAUGGUGGCCACGACCAAGCGGUGACGUCGUCUUCGAGAGCGUCACAAUCAGAUAUGCUCCGCACUUACCACCAGCUCUGGACCGUUUGUCACUGAAGCUGCCAGGCGGGCGAAGGACAGUCAUUCUCGGACGCACAGGAUCCGGCAAGAGUACCCUCGCUCUUUCACUGCUCGCCUCCAUCAACCCCGAAAGUGGACGCAUAAUCGUCGAUGGCAUGAACCUGGCAGAGGUCAACAAGCAUGUACUACGCACCAAAAUCACCUUCCUGGCUCAAGAAGCAGUUCUCUUUCCAGGUACAAUGCUGAAGAAUUUGGAUCCGCUCGACGAGUAUCCCACUUCGGAAGUCGACUCUGUCCUACAAAAAGUCUGCAAGAACCAAGGCUUUACCCUCAACACCCACAUAGAAGCCGGCGGCCACAACCUCAGCCAAGGCCAGAGGCAGCUCGUUGGUCUCGCUCGGGCUGUGCUGCGCAGAAGCGCCAUUGUCAUUCUGGACGAGGCCACGGCCUCGAUCGACUACGAGACUGCGGUGCAGAUCCAGCAGAUCUUGAGAGAUGAGCUGCAGGAGAGCACCGUGAUUACGAUUGCGCAUCGGCCGGAGGCGAUGAGGCAUGCGGAUUACGGGGUUGCGAUAGGGAAUGGACGGUUGUUGCAGGAGGGGGAUGCGGAGAGUAUGCUUGAGGCUCACAGGCUGGGGGCGCUUGAUGCUCGUGCGCACGGAGCGGAGGAGGAAGAGGGCAGCUGA